GCUUUUCUUCAUGCUUUGUGCCUCUAUUUAAGCCGACACUCUGUCCUCCAUUUAAUCUUUUAAGUAACUAAACCAUUAUGACCCUGCUAAACAGUUUGGCAUGAAGUCCAUACUUGAUUCAUUAUGGCACCUUUUUAUCACAUAAUUGACCAUAGAAAUCUCUCUCUCAGGGGCAUGACAGAGGGAAUCACUCUUCUGAUCCUCGCUGUUCAGACUGGACUGAUUGAGCUACAGGUCAUCCACAGAGCCUUCCUCCUCAGCAUCAUCCUCUUCAUUGUAGUGGCCUCCAUCUUGCAGUCUAUGCUGGAAAUUGCUGAUCCCAUAGUGCUGGCGCUGGGAGCCUCCAGAGACAAGAGUUUAUGGAAGCACUUUCGUGCGGUUAGCCUGUGCUUGUUCCUCCUGGUGUUCCCAGCCUACAUGUCCUACAUGAUAUGUCAGUUCUUCCACAUGGACUUCUGGCUGCUGAUCAUCAUCUCCUCCAGCAUUCUGACCUCACUACAGGUGCUGGGCACACUGCUGAUCUACGUGCUCUUCAUGGUGGAGGAGCUCCGCAAGGCUCCGGUGGAGAACAUGGAUGAUGUCAUCUACUGGGUGAAUGGCACCUACAGACUGCUGGAGUUCCUGGUUGCGCUAUGCGUGGUCGCGUACGGCGUGUCGGAGACUGUGUUCGGGGAGUGGACCGUGAUGGGCUCUACCAUCGUACUCAUCCAUUCUUACUAUAACGUGUGGCUGAGGGCCCAGCUGGGCUGGCAGAGUUUCCUGCUCCGCAGAGAUGCUGUCAACAAGAUCAAGAACCUGCCUACAGCUUCUCGCCAACAACUCCAGCAGCACAAUGACAUCUGUUCCAUCUGCUACCAG